AUGUAUCCUCCAUGCCGUGAGCAGAAGGAUAAAGCUGCUGAUACAUCGCGGCUCUACUGUGCGAGCCACCUCGCGAAUCCGUCUGCAGCUCGCUAUUGCAUCACCCACAAGUGCGCCGGAGCCGACUGCAACCACCCCUCGAAGCCCGCGAGCCGCUUCUGCGGGUUGCACGCCUGCCUGCACACAUCCUGCCCUUCUCCCCGCGCCGCAGACCCCUUGAUCGUCCCUGCAAGCCAGUUAUGCGCCGCGCACGAGUGCCGAGCUGCGGGAUGUCACGGCGCGGCGCGGCCAGAUGGAAGCUACUGCGAGGACGCCCACGCCUGCGCCGUUCCGGGAUGCCCCGCCCCCCGCGGCUUUGGUCCAAGCGAUGGCGCCACCGGAGCAGCAUCAGUGUGUUGCGCUUCGCACACGGCCAUGAUUGCGCGGGAUAGCGCAGCCGCGUGGGGUUUCUACGCUUCGAGCGAGGGACGGUCUGUGCCGCAGCCGCCGCCGCCGCCUGUUGUGCAGAUGCAACCGCAGGCCCAACCUCAGAGGUUUUCUUAUCUCAGCCAGACGGAGGAGGCGUUGGGUCAGCGACUCAGGGAAGAAAGGGAGAGACAGGAUCAGGAGGCGAGGCUGGAUCAGGAGCUGAGGGCAUGGCGCACCAGCGCUGCUGCGGCUCGAGGUGCUGGUGUGAGGGACAGCAGGGUGAGCGGAAUCAGUGGCACCAGCGGCCUCGGAGGCGUCGGCGAAGUGGGAGCCACCAUCGGACUCGAGACGAGGUGCAAAGGGGCCCGAAGGGAACGGGCGGGAAGUCAUGACAGCGGAUUUAUUGGUAGUCCAACCGUGUCGGACUCGACCAGCUCCAAUACUUUUGUGAGUUGA